AUGGAGUUGCAUGCAACAACCAGCUUUAAUGAAUAUGGCCGCCGCCUUUUACCACACGUCAUUGAUGACAUAGCAAAAAAAGACCCAAACCGCGAGGCCUUCAUGAGCCCACGCUCAAAUAACCCUGAGGAUGGCUGGGCUAUUACUACUUUCAGCUCUUACGCCAAUGCAAUAAACCGUUGUGCACAUGAAAUAGUAAACAGGCACGGCGAGGCUACCCAAGGUGAAUUUCCAACGAUAGCAUAUAUCGGUCCCCAGGACGCACGAUACCUGGUGAUAGUUAUAGCCGCUAUCAAAGCAGGGUAUAAGGUACUCUUAAUUUCGCCCAGAAAUACACAACAAGCUCAGAUCAGUCUCUUUGAGAAGACGAAUUGCUCUAUACUCUGGCUUAGUGACAACAUGAAGGCGGUCGUCGACCCCUGGCUCCUUGAGCGACAUAUGGAAACACUGGUGGUAAAGCCACUGGAGGAAUGGUUCUCAACAGAGGACGUUCCUCAUUUCCCUUUCCAAAAGACAUUCGAACAAGGCGAAUGGGAACCAUUCUGCGUACUUCAUACGAGCGGCAGCACAGGCCUUCCAAAGCCUGUCAUUCUCAAACAAGGAGUCCCUGCUCUUGCAGAUAAGUGGCAUACGAUGCCAAGUUGGGAGGGGUCUCAAUACUGGCAUGCCGAAUGGUGCAAGCGCGUAAACAGAUACUUUACUCCUAUGCCCCUAUUUCAUUCAGCAGGCCUAUGCUUGUUCUUCUAUAAUUCCGUCUACUGGAACACAACUACAGUGCUUGGGUUCCCUGACCGACCGGUCACAGCAGAUCUUGUUCGUCAAUGUCUAACACAUACGAAAGUUGAGGGCGCAGUAUUGCCCCCGUCGAUUCUUGAGGACAUGUGUCAGGAUUCGUGCUCUGUGGCUGCUUUGUCUAACCUCAACGCGGUUCUGUUUGGCGGUGGUCAGCUUUCUAAGAGCACAGGAGAUAGGUUGGUGAAACAGAAUGUGCGGUUGAUAAAUCUGAUUGCUGCCACUGAAUCUGGCAGUUGGCCACUGUACUUUGUUGAAAGAUCAGAAGACUGGCAAUACUUCAAGAUCAACUCGGACGUAUUUGGUGCAGACUGGCGUCAUGUGCACGAAGGUUGCUAUGAGCUAGUAAUCAAGCGAAAAGAUCAACAUCCCGGAUUUCAAGGAUUUUUCUACACAUUCCCGGAGCUACAAGAGUACAGCACAAAGGACCUUUACAAGCCUCAUCCCACGCUACCUAACCAUUGGAUGUCUUACGGUCGUGCCGAUAACAUUAUAGUAUUCUCCAACGGUGAGAAGCUGAACCCAAUCACUAUUGAGCAGACGAUAGAAGGUCACCCAGAAAUCAAGAGCGCAGUGGUGAUAGGUUCAAAUAAAUUCCAAGCUGGUCUUUUAUUAGAGCCUACUCAAGAUCUUACGAACGAAGAGAAGUGCGAGCUUAUUGACAGGGUUUGGUGUCUCGUGGAGCAAGUGAAUAGAGACACGGUUGCCCACGGACGCAUUACUAAAGAGCUCAUCACUACCACCAACCGGGGCAAGCCCUUUCCUCGAGCCGGGAAAGGUACUAUUCAGAGAUCGAAUAUACUCAAGCUAUACGCCGAAGAAAUCGAUCAGCUUUACAAGCAAGCAGAGGCAGGCUCUCUGCUUCACAUCACGGCCGUGGAUAUCGAUGUGGAUUCAGAGGAAUCAUUAACGGGCUUUGUAUCAAGCGUCUUUAAGUCACUUGCACAAGGAACCAAAUUAGAUCCAGACACGGAUUUCUUCUCCGCCGGGAUCGACUCCCUCCAUGUCAUGAAUGCGUCAAGGGUCUUUCGUGCAAGCAUCUCGAAAGCACCGCACACCUUUGAUCCCAACUUGAUAAACUCGCGAACGGUCUACAACAAUCCUACGCCGGCCCAACUUGCUCGACACAUCAAGCGUUUAAUUGCUCGAGAUGUGACCGUGAUUCCUAACGGCGAGGCCACUUCUGAGUCCGAUACAGCUAAGAGACUAUACAGGAAAUACACCCGUCAUUUUAUCAAAAGCAAGCCCAAUCGACCGGAAGCACCCGAGGAUAACCAAACAGUGUUGUUGACUGGCUCGACAGGAAACCUAGGUGCAUACUUGCUGGAUCAGCUUGUUCGUACCUCGUCAGUUAGCAAAGUCAUUUGCUGUAACCGGGCCAGUGACGGCGGCGCUCAACAACAAAAGGCACAGAUCGAGAAGCGAGGAUUACUUGCGCAGAAUGCAGGCUACGCGACGAAGGUGGAAUAUCUGAAGGUCGACCUGUCAAGGAAACAGUUCGGCAUCUCGGAUGACAAAUACGAGCGGCUCAAGAAGCAAGUGCAUCGUGUGAUUCACAACGCUUGGCCCGUGAAUUUCAACUUCUCAAUCGAGACAUUCGAGCCACACAUCCGCGGCGUACGCAAUAUCGCCGACUUUGCCGCGCAAGCAGACCGCCGCGUUGCUGUUGUUUUCAUCUCAUCUGUCGCGAGUGUAUCGCGAUGGCCCAUGAGUCGCGGCCCCGUACCAGAGAAAAGAUUAGAAGAUUGGGAUCUCCCGGGAAAUAGUUACGGCCGCAGCAAGAUGUGCGGGAGUCUUAUCCUCGAAGAUGCGGCCUUGGCUGGAGACUUUCCUGCCGCCUCGAUCCGCGUGGGGCAAAUCGCAGGCUCUGAAGAGGAACUGGGGCUUUGGAAUCGUCACGAGUGGCUGCCAAGCAUCGUCGCCAGUAGUGUAUAUCUGAAAGCGCUACCAUAUGAACUAGGCUCUUCGGACUGCGUGGACUGGGUCUCCGUCGAACGCGUCGCGCAGUUGGUGCUAGAUGUCAUAGGUGCCGUGCCUACUAGGGGUCGGAAUGCUGGCACGGAGGAGAUCAGCGGGUAUUUUCACGCCGUUAAUGAUUCCGUAACAUCUUGGGGAGAUCUCGCGCCGGCAGUGAAGCAGUUUUACAAAGACCAGAUCAAGGAGCUGGUAAGCUUCAAGGACUGGGUUGACAGGCUGGAGGAGAGUGACUCUGAAGACGUCGAAGUGAAUCCGGGCCUGAAGCUCUUGGAUACGUACCGAGAGAUGACGUGCGCUAGAACUCCGCCUCUAGUGCUUGAUCUCGAACGCACGAACAAGCGGAGCCAAGCGAUGAGAGAAGCGCCUAUGAUCUCCCCUGAACUGAUGACUAGAUGGUGUAAACAAUGGGCUGCGCGAUGA